AUGGCAGGACUACGAAUUGGUUGGGUAGGAACUGGUGUUAUGGGCCGCUCUAUGGCUGAACAUCUUAUCCGUGCUGGCUACAGUCUUUCUGUCUAUAACAGGACUCCUGCCAAGGCAGAUUCUUUAACAUCUCAAGGAGCUAAAUUUGCUUCAAUUAAAGAAAUUGCUGAAACUUGCCAAGUUGUCUUCACAAUGGUUGGAUAUCCUCGUGACGUCGAAGAAGUUAUAUUAAGCCAAGGCGGCUUAUUAGAGUCUUUACAGCCUGGUUCUUUAUUAGUAGAUCACACAUCAUCAAGUCCAGGCUUAGCUAUAAGAAUCGCUGAAGCGGCAAGAGCCAAAAAUAUUGAAGUUGUAGAUGCCCCUGUCUCAGGAGGAGAUGUAGGAGCUAGAGAAGGCAAACUAGCAAUUAUGUGUGGAGGUUCGGCAGAUGGAUUUAGCAGAGCUAGAGAAAUUAUGAAAACCUAUGGAGCCAAUAUUGAACAUAUGGGAGCUCCUGGGGCAGGCCAACAUACAAAAUUGACAAAUCAAAUCAUCUUAACAGGAAAUAUGAUUGGAAUGGUCGAAGGACUUGUUUAUGCAUAUAAAGCAGGCUUAGAUUUAAACCAAAUGAUUACACUUAUAAGCGCUGGAGCUGCAGGAUCUGCUUCUUUAAGAGUCCUUGGCCCAAGAAUUGUACGUGGAGACCUUGAGCCUGGAUUUUAUAUCGAGCAUUUCGUUAAAGAUCUUGGCAUGGCUUUAGAAGAAAGCAAAAGGCUUGAACUUUGCCUCCCAGGACUCUCAAUGGUAAACCAAUUUUAUCUAUCAUUAGUCGCUAAUGGAGAAUCCCGCAAAGGUACACAAGCCUUAAUUCAUGUUUUAGAAAGGCUUAAUAAUAUCCAAGUUAGCCCAAGGUCUUAA